ACUGAAGCUCUAGUUAGAAAGCUAUUACAGAAGGCUUUCACUAUGAAGAAAUGGAAAGGGGAUGGGCAGCAUGAACAACAUGCAAUUCUGUUAUCCAGCUAGCUUCGCGGUAUGCGACGCAAGAGUGACGCCAUUUCAUCUCCCACCGGCUCCUGCAAGAAUUGUGAAAAGGGCCUGAAAGUUGAUUAUAUGUAUAUACCUAAUACCUUUAUACCUAAAAUGGUAAAAAUCUUUGUUGGGAACCUCUCGCCGAACACUACCACUGAGGAGAUCCGCUCCCUCUUCUCUCAGUAUGGCAAAAUCUCUGAGUGUGACAUUGUCAAAAACUUUGGUUUUGUGCACAUGGAUGACAAAGCAGAGGCCGAUGAAGCCAUUCGAAAUCUUCACCAUUACAUGCUGAACGGUUUAGCCAUGAAUGUAGAGAUGAGCAAAGGGAAGCCCAAGACCUCUACAAAACUUCAUGUCGGCAACAUCAGCAGUAGCUGCACCAACCAAGAACUCAGGGGAAAGUUUGAGGAAUAUGGACCUGUGGUUGAGUGUGACAUAGUGAAGGACUAUGCAUUUGUUCAUAUGGAGCGAGUGGAAGAUGCUAUGGAGGCCAUCAGUGGCUUGGACAACACAGCCUUUCAAGGCAAACUGAUGAGCGUGAAGCUUUCGACUAGCCGCCUGCGUACCGCUCCGGGAAUGGGAGAAAGAACGGGUUGUUAUCGGUGCGGGCAGGAAGGCCACUGGUCCAAAGAAUGCCCAUUGGACCAGAACGGCUCCUACGGAGAGGGCCCAGGCUCGGGAGGAUAUGGGCCUCUCAGGUUCAGUGCGAGUGGCGAUCGUGGUGGCCGGGGUUUUCAUCGCGGCUUCAGUGGCGAGCAAGCCUACGGUGGCAGCUUUGCACCCUCACAUGGCUUCACCAGGGGAGCAGGGCAUUUCUUGGUUGCUCAUGGAUCAUUUUAGAAGUUGUGAUGCAUCCUGUUUUGGCUGGGUCAAAGACAGUACAGAUGACCCACUUCUUGACACUAAACUACUUUUGUUGUCUUAAACUUGAUGUAGCCCUGUGUUUGUUUGGUUUUUUUUUUUGUUUUGUUUUUUUAAAGUUUUUUAAUUUGAUUCACAGUAUAAAUACCUGUAAAUAUUUUUUUCCUCAUUAAUAAAAGUUUAAAAGAAAUCUUAUCUUUUAUCUUAUCUGUACAGAUCAUUGCAGUUGUCUUUGAUCUACAAAUUUUUGCAGUUGCUCCUUAAACAAAAUGUCGUCAAUUGAUAGUGUUGGGGAAAGUAUCUUUUAAAAGUAAUGCAUUGCAAUAUUGUGUUACUCCCUAAAAAAGUAAUUAAUUGUUACUUUUUCUCGCCUAAAAGUUUUCACCCAACACUUGCUUUAGCAAUUAAAAAAAAAAUUUAAACACAAAUUUGAUAGUCAUCUAAAGUCAUUUUGCUUAGUUGAAUUGGAUCAUAGAAGGUCAGCAGCAAAGAAAUUGGUUAAUAAAGUAAGUUUAAAUAAAGUAUAUUUGUGUUAAUAUUCUGAGUUAGCAUUUCACUGUUUUUAUUCAUUUCAGUGAAUACACAGCACAGACAACUCCUCUGCACCUUACUCCUGAUUUCUCUUAACAUGGGGACCGAAGAGGUGUCAGUCUAUAAAUGGAAAAAAAAAAAGUAACUUGCAUUCCUUAUUUGAAAAAGUAAUUCAGAUGUUUUGUUGUAAAUUUAAAAGUAAUGUGUUACUUUAGCAGUUAUUUGAGGGAAAAAAAAGUAAUCUGAUUAUGUAACUUGCAUUACUAAAUGCGAUACCCCUAACUCUGCUGACACAUGUGGUGGAAAACUGAAUAUUAAUCUUUGCUCAAUAAAAAAAUCUUUUGCUCAA